CUUUUGAUUGCUGUCUCGCCACCCAACUCCGAUGUGUUCCGUUAUCAGCGGCCGGCAGCCUGCCAUUCCAGCCCCUGUCUGGGUGGGGAGCGGUGGAGAGUCCCCCGCAGCCGCGGCGGGCAAGGUUAUAUAGGAAGAGAAAGAGCGAGGCAGCCAGCGAGGGAGCGAGCGAGCGGGCGAGCCGGAGCGAGGAAGGGAGAGCGCAAGAGAGAGCGCACACGCACACACCCGCCGCGCGCACUCGCGCACGGACCCGCACGGGGACAGCUCGGAAGUCAUCAGUUCCAUGGGCGAGAUGCUGCUGCUGGCGAGAUGUCUGCUGCUAGUCCUCGUCUCCUCGCUGCUGGUGUGCUCGGGACUGGCGUGCGGACCGGGCAGGGGGUUCGGGAAGAGGAGGCACCCCAAAAAGCUGACCCCUUUAGCCUACAAGCAGUUUAUCCCCAAUGUGGCCGAGAAGACCCUAGGCGCCAGCGGAAGGUAUGAAGGGAAGAUCUCCAGAAACUCCGAGCGAUUUAAGGAACUCACCCCCAAUUACAACCCCGACAUCAUAUUUAAGGAUGAAGAAAACACCGGAGCGGACAGGCUGAUGACUCAGAGGUGUAAGGACAAGUUGAACGCUUUGGCCAUCUCGGUGAUGAACCAGUGGCCAGGAGUGAAACUGCGGGUGACCGAGGGCUGGGACGAAGAUGGCCACCACUCAGAGGAGUCUCUGCACUACGAGGGCCGCGCAGUGGACAUCACCACGUCCGACCGCGACCGCAGCAAGUACGGCAUGCUGGCCCGCCUGGCCGUGGAGGCCGGCUUCGACUGGGUGUACUACGAGUCCAAGGCGCACAUCCACUGCUCGGUGAAAGCAGAGAACUCGGUGGCGGCCAAAUCCGGAGGCUGCUUCCCGGGCUCGGCCACGGUGCACCUGGAGCAGGGCGGCACCAAGCUGGUGAAGGACCUGCGCCCCGGGGACCGCGUGCUGGCGGCGGACGACCAGGGCCGGCUGCUCUACAGCGACUUCCUCACUUUCCUGGACCGCGACGACGGCGCCAAGAAGGUCUUCUACGUGAUCGAGACGCGGGAGCCGCGCGAGCGCCUGCUGCUCACCGCCGCGCACCUGCUGUUUGUGGCGCCGCACAACGACUCGGCCGCCGGGGAGCCCGAGGCGUCCUCAGGCUCUGGGCCGCCCUCCGGGGGCGCACUGGGGCCUCGAGCGCUGUUCGCCAGCCGCGUGCGCCCGGGCCAGCGCGUGUACGUGGUGGCCGAGCGCGACGGGGACCGCCGGCUCCUGCCCGCCGCUGUGCACAGCGUGACCCUACGCGAGGAGGCCGCGGGCGCCUACGCGCCGCUCACGGCCCAGGGCACCAUCCUCAUCAACCGGGUGCUGGCCUCGUGCUACGCCGUCAUCGAGGAGCACAGCUGGGCGCACCGCGCCUUCGCGCCCUUCCGCCUGGCGCACGCGCUCCUGGCUGCACUGGCGCCCGCGCGCACGGACCGCGGCGGGGACAGCGGCGGCGGGGACCGCGGGGGCGGCGGCGGCAGAGUACCCCUGCCCGCGCCUGGUGCGGCCGACGCUCCGGGUGCGGGGGCCACCGCGGGCAUCCACUGGUACUCGCAGCUGCUCUACCAAAUAGGCACCUGGCUCCUGGACAGCGAGGCCCUGCACCCGCUGGGCAUGGCGGUCAAGUCCAGCUGAAGCCGGGGGGCCGGGGGAGGGGCGCGGGAGGGGGCGGGGCGGGGCAGCAACAGCAACGCAAAGCAAAAAGACACUCGGAAAAGGCGCACGAACCAGACUGAGUUAUAAUAAGAAUAAGAAUAAGAAUAAUAAAGUAGGACAGUCCAAAGUAGACUCUAAGGAAACAAGGACCCCGGGAAGUUUUGUUGUUGUGUUUAGUUGAUAUAUAUUUUUUGAAUUUUUUUGGUUGUUGUUUUAUUUUGGUUAUUUUUUCCUCCUCUCCUGGCUAUUUAUUUGUUUGGUAUGAAUAGAUGUUUUAAAUAAUAUGAACCGGACCUUCAAGAGCCUUAAAUAGUUUGUUUCUUGGAUAAUUUAUUAUGAUCAUGUGAACUGUACUCACGGGGGAAAGAUUAUUUUGUGAGGCCAAGCAACCUGCUCAGAGUCUAUUUUUCUACAUGUCCCUCGCCCCGGCUGUCAGAAAGCAAACUUCUGUCCCCGCCAUCCCUCCCUUCCAUCUCCUGCUUCUCAGCAAGUGCAAACUCAAACGUGCUUCAUGGGGGUCCACAAAUUAUAUUUUUAUACACAGAAUUGUAAAUUAGAUUUUUUGAGAGAUCAAUACUUAACUGAAUUACAUUUCAUUUUUGAAAUAGUGUAAAAUAUGAAAAUAUAUUAUUUUAAUUUAACUAGUUUCCGAUGUAACAGCCAUCUCCUCUCUUUAUGGUUUCAUAUUCCCUUUGUAUUCACCAUUUUGCCACAUUCUUGGAAGCCAAGACUGUUACACACACAACAUACACACACACUUUUUCUUUUUCUUUUUUUUUUUUUUUUUUUUUUUUUGGACAAACUGGAAGAACUCUGUUAUUUUUAACUUCAAAGAAUUUAUUAGAAAAUAAUAUUUUUUAAAAGCGCACAUAGUGACGAGCCCACGAGGAUGGAGCCUGCAGUUUGUACAGAGAAAACAAAGGAUGUUUUUGCAUUAAUAAAUUGAGAAAUAACUGCUGUAAAUUUACUAAAAUGUAUUUUUGAAUAUUUUGUAAUAGUUUUAUAGAAAUAAAAUGUGCCAUGCACAGACCGCUUAGUAUCUAAUAACGAAGAAUUCCUGUUGCAGCCCUUUUUCGUUUAGUUUUUGGCUUCUUUGUUUGGGAAACCUAGCGCUGACAGGAGCUCUCAAUAUUCUAUUUAGAUGUGUUGCUUAUACUGUGAACUCAGACUGACUGACUUAGGUAACCAAAGUAGGCACACAAACCAACUUGUUUCUUCUCAUGGCUGGAGAAACCUCAGCUCUGUUUGUGCUUCUCUGAUCUGUAGGGAGGAGGCUCAUUGCUGCUUUCUGAGGUCCUGUUGUGUCCCUUCCAGAAAGCAUCCUUAGAAGAGGGGACGUGGUUUGGUCUUCUCUUAAGCUCCUAUCCUCUUUUCUUGAGUGUCCCCUUAAAUCCGAGUGGCAAGCCCACAGUGGCGAGGGCCAGUCGCUGGAAUGUCGGGGCUGCUGUUGAGGUCCUCAGGCUACGCUGGUUGUCUGUGUCACAUGGCGGUCAGGCGUGGACUUUGAUCCCUGUUGAGUGAGCAUGCUGCUGUGGGCACUGGGCUGGGGAAGGUCCUGCCAUGCUUCAUGCUGCCUUGGAGGUUUGGCCAAGAGGGUCUCUGCCCUUGGCAGUUGUCAGGGUCCCAGGUGGAAGACUACUCCCAGUUCUUCGGCUUACGGAAGGUGUCUGCCAUGCUUUGUGCUUUGGGCCGAAUCAUCUGAGCAGGCUGGGCCUUGGAAGGGUUGCGCUGCGUGAGCUCGGGGCCUCCUAGCAGCUGGAGCCUGUGUGGCAGUCCAGGCUUAGGGAACAGGAGUGAACAGGAGUGAACAGACUUCAGCCCCACCUGGCAGGGGCUGGCUCCCGAGGCUGGGCCCAGUCCCUGAGGGUCUGCUCUGCUGAGGGUCUGCCCUUGAGUGGCCUUUCGCAGAGGGUGUGUGACCAGAUGGGUGGCCCAGGGCCUCUGGAGCCUCCACGGGGCCGGGCCCUCUGCUCAGGAGCAUCCUCAGCCUUUUUCUGCAAAAGACUUUUCUUUGGUGUUCUAGGUGGUCAGCAGGUUCCAGGCUGGUGUUUACAAUCUUGGAGGAAGUGCGAUGGUUUCUGUUCUUUUGACAGUUCAGUCUGAUUUCAAGUCAGUCAAAAGUGAACCAGAAGCACUGGGCACAGCAGCUCCUCUGGCUGUGUUGACAGACCCGGCAAUGUGGCCGUGCAGCCCAGACGAUCAGAGAGAAGCCGGGCGUUGACCAAGCCCCAAGGUGCCUGAGGCCAUGAUGCAACUCUGCUGGUGACCGGGGCACCUUGGAGCAGAGCUUCACCCACAUGGGAAAUCCUGACUCUUGGGUGGCACUCCCUCCUGGACAGGCCCGGUGGCAGAGUGUCUGUGCUGCUGGGUGCUGUCCCCAGCCCUCCUGGUCCAUCUUCUUAAGAUCCGUCCACUGCUUUAUAUUUAAAAUUCUCUUUUUCACAGGCAAGGAAAGGAAACCACUGCUUAGAGAAACUAGGUACAGGGCAUCGAGAGGGUGCAGCCCAGCCCCGCCAGGACGA